UGCAUAAGGGAGCGAUGCUGAUGCUGGUGAUGCGAGAAUAAUUUCUCACCGGAGGCAAGCUUUCGAACGGACUGAGAGGGUGAUGAUGGACUUCACAUUUAGGUUAAAAUAAGCAAACGCAAGAUCGAAUCAACUGCCUGAAGCAGAAGUGAACAUUUACUCAAAUUGCAACAUAAGAGAAAUAGGUGAGAGUGAGACCCUGGAUCGGAUCCAUCCUACAUUCGCUGGAGGGCUGGAUGAGAAAAUUCCUGUCUUCCAUUUCGUAGAAAUCUUCCCUCCAACUGUCAGCUACCUGCUGGGUGCAGCACUCUAGAGAUCCUCAAUAUGGAGAGAACUGCCAUUUCCACUUCACUGCUCGCAGUCUGUUUCGUUUUGGCUGUUUGUCGCUGUUCCCUUGCAGCUCCCUUCUGCCCUGCCCAGUGUGUCUGUGAGACCCGCCCAUGGUACACGCCUCAGUCGGUCUACCACCAAGCCAAGACUGUUGACUGCAACGAGCUCCAUUUGAGCAAAAUCCCAUGGAAUAUUUCAGUCGAUACUCAGGUGCUGCUUCUUCAGAGCAACAAUAUCUCCAGGGUGACCUCAGAACUCCAGAGCUUGGUAAACCUCACAGAACUGGAUCUGUCCCAGAACCACUUCACACAAAUCCAAGACGUUGGCUUGAGUAACCUAAGCCAGCUGGUCACACUUUACCUUGAGGAAAACCAAAUUAAAGAGCUGCCUGAUAUGUGUGUAAAGGACCUAGUCAACUUAGAGGAGCUUUAUAUUAAUCAUAAUCAGAUAUCUUCUAUUGGUCCUAAUGCGUUUUCAGGCUUGGGGAACCUAUUGAGGCUUCACCUUAACUCCAAUAAGCUUGUGGCAAUAGACAGCCAUUGGUUUGAGUCCCUACCCAACCUUGAGAUCCUAAUGAUAGGGGAAAAUCCCAUUCUCGGCCUGCAAGAUAUGAACUUCAGCCCCCUCUCUAAAUUGCACAGCUUGGUUCUCGCGGGAAUGGGCCUCAGGGAAAUACCUGAGGGUGCUUUCCAAGGAUUGGACUAUCUCGAGAGUCUCUCGUUCUUUGAUAACAAGCUCACGGCUGUGCCAAAAAAAGCGCUGCGCGUUCUGCCGAGCCUCAAGUUUCUUGACCUUAACAAAAAUCCCAUUGUCCGUAUACAGGAAGGUGACUUCCGAGACUUUCCUCACUUAGAGGAACUCAGUCUGAACAACAUGGAGGAGCUUGUGACGGUUGAGAGGGGCGCGUUCUCUAACUUACCACAAAUGGCCAAAUUGGAGAUUUAUAACAACCCUCACCUGUUCUUCAUAGACCGAGCUGCUUUCCUGAAAAUGCAUGGCAUGCGCACCUUACUGAUCCACAGUAAUGACCUCAUGCUUUUGCCCCAUGAGAUUUUUUCAGCUUUCCCCAGUCUGGAUGAAAUCAGUUUUCAUGGCAACCCACUCAGGUGCGAUUGUCUUGCCAACUGGUGGCCCAUCCUGGGCAACCAAUCUAGCCUCAAAGUGUUGGAGCCCCAAAUAACUCUUUGUGCCUCCCCACCACAUCUUGUUGGCCAAUCACUUCAGGAAGUGGUAUCUGCAAGUUGGAAUGGGGCAAGCAAUACCUGCCUGCCUCUAAUUUCUCAGCACACCUUCCCUCCGCAGCUCAACGUCAGCAUAGGACAGCUUCUAACACUCAAUUGCUGGGCCGUGGCAGAUCCAGCACCUCAGUUUUACUGGGUGACACCAACUGGAGACAAAGUCACUUCUGAAGCUGUUUCACCUUCCUCCAGUGAGGGAGAAGGAAUACCGAAGAAGCAUCGGAUGCAAGAGCAAGGUGCUCUAGCGAUCCCACAUGUUGAACCUGAAGAUGCUGGUCUCUACACAUGUGUUGCUUGGAAUGCAGAGGGAGCAGACACCCGGAGCAUCUCUGUGUACGUGGAUAGGAGCAACUGGCAUGGUAGGGGGCCUAUUAGAGGUCAUCAAGGUGUGCUGAACACCACGGGAUCCUUGGUAAUCCUAGCAAAAAUCAUCCAUGCCCAGUCUGUGGUGCUCGAAUGGAAGGUGCACCCAUCCGCCGCCUCUUCCAACCAUGAGGUGUCACAACCCAAGUGGCUCAGUGCAAUGGUAAAAAUCGACAACCCGCAGAUUAGCUACACGGCGAUGGUCCCCGUAGAUGUCCAAGAGUAUAACCUCACACACCUCUUGCCUUCCACGGAGUACCAAGUUUGCCUGACCAUGACUGGUACAGAGCAGACCCAGCACUCUUGCAUCAAUGUGACCACCAAAGAAGCCAGCUUUGCUGUGGAGAUGGUUGCCCAACCGACCAACGUAGCCCUGGCGGCGGUCAUGGGCUCAAUGUUUGCCAUCUGCAUAAUGGCUCUGUUGGUGUUCUACAUGGGACGCCGUAUGAAGCAGAAAUCUUGUCACCACUCUCUCAAGAAAUACAUGCAGCACACCACUUCCAUUCCUCUGAAUGAACUCUACCCACCACUUAUUAACCUCUGGGAGAAUGAGACGGAAAAAGAAAAAGAGGGCAACGCUGACCCUCAGAACUCACAGAUAGACACUUCAAAAACAUACAUGUGGUAGCUGCACAGUAUAUAGAAGAGACAUUUUAAACAGUAUAUGUGCUGUCUUGUACAUAAAUGACAAGUAUGUAUUAUUGAUUUGUCAUUGUGAAAGAUGUAUGUAUUUUUAGACUGUACCCUUCAAUGCCAAGCACACUUGUUUGCAGUUGUGAUUUGUUAGACAGCCAACAGACGUGGGCAGCAAAACACACUAUGCUUUUGCAUUGCAUUGUAUUUUCUGAGACUAAUUCAAUGUUAAGCAUGCCAAUGUGGUAAUAAUUCAUAUAAUUUAUUCAUUCUAUAUCAGCACUAAGCUAAUACACUACAGAUCGACACUAUAUCGCCUCACACAUGUCAAAUGCAGUCACAUGACAUCCAAUUCUGGAGUUUUUGCAUGGAAUUUUUGCAUGAUAUUUUGGUGCUAACAGAGAGUUUGUUCCUAGUUUUCUCACUUCUAAAAAUACACAGGCGUGAGAAGGUGACGUAAGCGUGCUCAUUGCUCUCAUUUGUCUUCAGCUCGUCACAUUUUAUCACCUGCGUUAUAAUGAAUAUAAAACCUAAACCAAACCUGCCAGGUGCUAUGAAGUUGCUGUUACGGCAAACUAAUUAGCCGUCAUAUGUAAUUAAUAUCUGGAACACAACUGCGCAGCUGUGCUUAUUUAUUCUUGCAUUGUUAAAUAACUAUUUAUUGAGGAGUGUGUGAAAAUGGCUGUGUUUAUUAGCACUGACUGAAAUUGUAUUUCAUAUUUGAUAGAAAAAGAAAUCAUUAGACUAUAAUGAUCAUGUGGUUCAAAUGCCUGACAUUUACUUGCAGACAUUCACCAUUGCUAACAAUGAUGGGGCCGUUCUAUGCUUUGCACCUCAUCAUGCACUUACGGUUUUGAUUACCGAGAGAUUGCUUCAGUUCUCAGUUAAACAUGUUGCCAAACUCAAUAUUCACACAAUUCAGUUUUGAUGUGGUAAAUUAGGUAACAAGUGUGAAUGACAAUUGAAUCGAAUAAGAAGAAUAAAAAAAGAAUCAAUGUUG